GGCCAUCGCACGGCAGGGGUGCGUACGAGGCCAGCGGCAAGGCCAGGGCCAAGGGCGCCAGCAAGUCGAAAGAGCAGGCAGAGCAGCGGAGCCCAGAGGAAGAGGCGGAGUUCCGCCGGCUGGAGGACCAGCGCCACCGGUACGGCGAGCAGCUCUUCAAUCUGGUGCAGGCCAUAGAGCCUCGCAUGGAGCUCACGCAGAGGAUCACAGGCAUGCUGCUUGAGCUGCCCCAGAGCGAGCUGCUCCUCAACCUCACCAGCCACGAGGAGCUGUCCAGGCGGAUCGAGGAGGCCCUCAGAGUCCUCAGGCUAGACGGGAUCAUCAGUGAUUGACGGCGUGUGUUUCC